AUGAAACUCCUUUUCCCUUUUUUAUUCUGCAUCACCGCAAUUCUCUUUGCCUAUCACCCAUCUCUCAAAGACUCUCUCGUCUCUUAUAUCGACAAGAAGCUUUCUAUUAUUCGGCCUUUUACAAAGGAAGAAGCUACUGUUCCUCAGAUCACCACUCUCAACCUGGAACAUCCGAUUCCCAUAGUUCUUCCCGUUAACGACAUGGCUGUUCCUCGCGCAAUUCGCCAGGUGUUCCUUGCCAUCGAGCAAUCAGAGGGCGCAGGCGCUCGUGUACGCCGCUCUAUUGGCACUCCCAAGCUCCGAAACUUCAGCCCUUUCCUCAUGCUGGACCACUUCACUAUCGGCAAGGGUGCUGGUUUUCCAGACCACCCCCACCGUGGCCAAGAAACUAUCACUUAUCUGUUGUCCGGUGGUGUGGACCAUGAGGACUUUGCUGGUAACAAAGGUACUAUCGGACCCGGUGACCUGCAAUUCAUGACCGCAGGCCGCGGCAUCAUGCACGCCGAGAUGCCCCACGAGAAUGAGGACGGCAGUCCCAACGUUGGUAUGCAGUUGUGGGUUGACUUGCCCCAGAAGCUGAAGAUGUGUGAACCCCGCUAUCGUGAUCUACGAUCCACUGAGAUCCCUAUCGUCAAACCUGAUGACCGGGUCACUAUUAAGGUCAUCUCUGGACAGUCUCACGGUGUUGACUCUGUGCGCGAUUUGGCAUACACCCCUGUCUGGAUCCUGGACAUCUCUAUCAAGCCUGGUGGCCAAGUUUCGCAGCCUCUGCCCCAGGGCUGGAAUGCAUUUGCCUACACUCUGGCCGGAGAGACCGUCUUUGGCUCGAGCGAUUCAACCCGCAUUGUGAAAGAAUUCAACAAUGUCCAGUUCGAGCAGGCCGGUGACUUUGUCGAGCUAUCGGUCCCCGAAAAUGCAGAGGCUGAGUCUCGCGUUUUCCUUGUGGCUGGCCAACCACUAGACCAGAAGGUCGUUCAGUAUGGUCCAUUCGUACUCACCUCCCAGGAGGAAGUCUACCAGGCCAUGAUGGACUACCAGACCGCGGCCAACGGAUUUGAGAGGACACGGGGCUGGCAAAGUGAGAUUGGGAAAAGAAUGGCAUUCUAG